AUGACAAUUGUGGACGACGAUAAUUCUGAGGUUGACAUUUCCACCAAAUAUUUUUCGUCACAAAUGUUCUCUUUCCCGAAUAAAGGAAUCAUUUCGUCCAUUUCUGUUCGCGUUGCUGUUGCAGAGUCGCCUUUAGUAAUACUUCUGUUUCUGCAGGCAAAGAACGUAAGUCAGACGAGGUUUUUCAAAGAAGGUGCCUGAACUUUAUUACAAAAUACUACUAACAUCAAUAACAUUGCAAAUCCUCAGAUUUCUAUAAUAAACACAACGCCAGAGUACUCACCUACAAGUAAACAAGAAUCACCGCGCAUUGCAUUACCACUAGAAAGAUAUGCCAAGAAACAGGCUGAGGUCGUGCAAAAUUAUUCAGACGAGUUGAAAAGUAAUACGAAAGAACUCAAGGAUUUCGAUUUCAAACUACAGAAAGCGUGCGACCAGAACCGAUGA